AUGACCCACUCUAUUUUGGGCGACCUGUGCAAACCACCCACGCUUACAACAACCACUGAAAAAUAUGUACAACUUGUCCACGAUGCAACGACUGAACUCCAUGAACCCGUUCAAUCGAUCUUGUCAGCUUUAGAUCGUCGCGCCAAUGCAUUGACAAAGCUUGCCAACUUUGAGUCAGCCCUUCGUGAUGCGAAAGUUAUGCAACAGCUCUCAUCGUCUUCAGCACUCGGCUAUUUAAGAGCAGCGAUCAUUUAUGCAGAACAAGGGAAACAGCGCCAUGUCAUCGAUAUCUGCAACCAGGCACUUGAUAUUGUUGAUACAAAGGAUAUGGGCUAUGAUACGCUACAACGAGCGAAAGACGUUGCCAUGCAACGCCAAAGCACACGCAUUGACUUUGUCAGCCAACUACCAGUCGACAUUGUUAUUACCACGCUUAUUCCCAUGUUUAUGGGCGAUUGUAUCGUGUGUUCAUAUGAACCAAGCCCCUACCUACCUGUGUCCCAUGCAUGGCGUGAUCGUAUUAUUCAAUGCUUCGGUGAAUUCACUUUCCAUCUCAGUGAUGGUGGCGACCUGUCCCAAGUCAUUGACCUUGCCCAGCACACCAAAUCUUUGGAUAUAGGCGAAUAUGGGGAAGGAACAUGGCUUAGCGAUUUAAUUCGUGAUAAUGACUUUUGCGCUUUACGAGAGAUACGUGUUGAAUACUUCCUGAGCAAGCAGGUUGGAUGCUUCAUCUCGGCGUUGACAUCAAUCGGCAGCACUUUGACCCAUUUGCAACUCCAUCUGGAAGAAGGUGGACCUGAUUUAGGAGUACCCGAGAUUAUUACCAAAAAGCGAGAUCAACAAGCGUUAAACGGCCGUGAUAUUGGUGCCAUUCGUGCAUCACUCUACCGCAACACCCUGCAAGGCGUCUACGAAAAUGGCGAAGUUGUCGAUUGGGACGAGGUACAACGUGUACAAACUAGGCGAGUACAUCUAAACCUCCAAAAUUGUGAAGUAUCAGGAGCUUCUACUUUCGGUCCAUUGAGUGCCACGUAUGAGCCAAAAUAUCAAGAUGGCGUGUACAAUACGGAUAGUGAUGAAGACUAG